ACAACAACCACUCUCGUUCGGCAAUUCCCCACCUCUUGUCUCAUUGUCCACGGCCCGGCGCCAUGUUUGGCACUCCCACCCCGGCCAACGGGUUCCCAGCAAGCCCAAUGGACAAGGCAAUGUCUAAUCUCACCUUGGAGGAGGACGAUGACGACUUGACAGAAGAGGCCAACUACUACCGCGACAAGUAUCGCGUCGCCAUUGACCUCCUCAACGAGACAAGGAAUGAAUUGGACGAAUUCCAGCUCUCAUCACGAGAACUGGAGCAAGAGCUCGAGAAGGAGCUCGAGGCCACAGAGGCCAAGCAGGCCGAGCUGCAGCAGCGCAUCAAGCGGCUCGAUACGGAACGCGAUGAGUGGAAGGUGCGUUGGCAGCCGGCCGGCAGGCAACGCACAGAGCUCACGCCCCAGACCAAAUUCAUCAACCUGCAAAUGAUGCACAGCUCGACAGUGUCGGCGAUGCAGCGCGAGAUGGACAACUUGCGCUCUGAGCGUGACAAGACGCUGAUUGCCCUUCGCGACCUCGAGAUGGGCAACGACGAGCUCGAGCGCAACGAACGCGUUGCCGUGUCGUCCCUGCUCGACAUGGAAAUCAAGUACAACCGUGCCAUCGAGGAGAAGACGCUGUUGGAGCAGGAGGCUAUCCAGAGACAGGAGCUCGAGGAGGAGUGCCAGCGGCUCAAGGAUGAUGUCCGAGACGCAAACAACGAAAUCGCCAUCCUUCGUGACCAGCUCGCACGCGCAGUAGUGCCUACUCCUCCGUCCUCAAACGCUCCCAUGUCCCCUUAUCCGUCCUCAAACGCUCCCAUGUCCCCUUAUCCGGACAAGCGCUCACAUUCGAGGUCCGCGUCUCGCGCAAGUGCCGCCUCGCCAACGCCAUCGCACAGGUCGACAACGUCGACGAGGUCCAACGCAACGGAACGCUCCGCUGUUACGGAGCGAUCAGGCGAUCGCUCCGCAACUGCGACGCCACGAACUGUGCGCGGCCUCACGAGAAGCACCACUGCCCAGGUACUCGCCUCUCCCGCCGUCAGACGACCAACCAUCACUGCCUCUCCUUCAGGAAUCCCUGCGCUCUCCCGCUCAACUACGACCCGCAACCUCGCCGCUGCGGCCGCACCAUCGCCCGCACCAAGAACCAGACCUUCAUACGCUCCUUCACCCGCCCGCGCAGCAAGCCACCAAGCCGCCAAAACCAAGGGGUUCAAGCUCCUCCAAGAUCUGCAGGCCCGUCUCAAGGCCACAGACGACAGGAUCGGCACGAAAAUGUCACGACGCAACCUCGCCACAACAGCCACGCAACCCGUUGUUCCAAGAAGACAACCCACCGUCUCGACGGCGAGCAGCACGAUCUCUGCAGCCUCAGUCGCCACCAAGGGCUCGUCUCGUACCGUCACGUCGACCGUUUCAGCCGCGUCGCACAACAGAGUUUCCGCUCUCAACCGUACUCCAGCCGCGCUGUCUACGCCCGGUGCGGCGAGCGAUGGUGUUUUCUCCCCAUCAGGAUGGGUUAUGCUCUCUGACCUCGAGGACACUCCCGACCCGACGCUGAGAGCGAGCACCAACCCCGUCGUGCCCCGCGACGACUCGCCUUCACCGCUGGAGCGCAACCCGUCUCGUUCCAGCGCAACGUCGCGGACUCGUCCUCUCCCCAGCAGACCCGCCAUUCCUUCCCCGUUGACCAACACGCUAGCAAAGUCGACUUCGCGACUUCCCUCGACGUCCCUUUCCAAGUCGACAACGACACGGCACAGAUCAUCACUGUCAGCGUCGACGUCUGGCAUGUCUACCGUCAAGUCAUCGGGAUCGCCUCGCGCGCCGGCACCAUCACGGCGCACCGUCGCAGACCGACUGACGAGUUCCACUCGCGGCCCACCCCCCGUGUCAAGGCUGCACGCGCGCACCCCCUCGCGCAGCGGCGCCAUGUCUCCUAGCUUAUUCGCCGGCCGUCCCGGUGCUCUAUCACCUACACUUAUCCCGGGCCCGCGGCGCGUUUCGAUCUCCACAGCGGCCGACGCGUUCCCCUCGCCCCCGCCCUCAGCCUCGACAUCGACGUCGAAUUCAUCCCGCGCCUCCACUGCGCUGCGCCCCAUGCCUGCGGAGGAUAACGAGCCCGCCAGGUCGCACCAGCGCGCACAGCACGGCAGCCUGGGCCGCGGCCUGCCGCCUGCCGUUGUCAACGGAGCAGCCGCCGCCAGCAGCCCCGAGAAGAGCGGCGCGGCGACUCUGCCGUACAAGCGCGCUGGUCGCCGCAGCAGCUUAAGCGCUGCCGAAGCCGCAUUGUCUGGCCCCAGCGGUAUCCCUGGUCCCAAGCCCGCCAACGGCCGUCCGACGAGUUACCCAGGCUUCUCGGACACGCCUCCUCCUGUUCCCCGUAUCCCCAGUGCCGUUCUCAAGGAGAACGCCAUCCUCAAGGAGAGCACGCGCAACCCGUCAGCCAAGUGGGUUGGCCGGGGGUAG